AUGAAUCCUGCUUGGCAAGCUGCAAUGACACAAGAAAUUAAAGCAUUACAUUCUAAUAACACUUGGGACUUAGUCCCUCUACCAGCUGGUAAAAAAGCACUAGGGUGCAAGUGGGUGCACAUAAUUAAACACAAAUCAAAUGGGGGUGUUGAGAGAUUCAAGGCAAGGCUGGUUGUAAAAGGGUACACACAACAAGCUGGAAUAGACUACACUGAAACCUUUUCUCCAGUUGUUAAGAUGACUAUAGUGAGAGGGCUAAUUGCAACAGCAAUUAAAAAAGGGUGGCAGCACUUUCAACUGGAUGUGAAUAAUGCAUUCCUUCAUGAGACCUUCAUGAAAAAGUGUAUAUGGAUGUACCUCAUGUACUUUUCAAUGCCUUAUCCUCUUGAUCCUUCAAUCAAGUUAAAGGUAUAUGAGGGUACCCUGCUUCCAGAUCCAACAUAUUAUAGAAAGUUGAUUGGUAAACUGAAUUUCCUUACUAAUACUAGACUCGACAUUGCUUGUAGCGUGCAAUACUUGGGUCAGUACAUGCAAAGUCCUAUAGAUCCUCACCUGGAGGUUGCAUUUCAUGUGCUAAGAUACCUCAAAGAAGAUCCAAACUUGGACAUCUUUCUUUCUAAUAGUGACGAGUGA